AUGCCCAUCAUCCAAACCCACUCACCUUACUCUUUUAGCUCCUCCACUCUCACACCCAGUUCCACAUUCUUCAUCGGAAAAAACCCAACUCUGAAACUCAAUUUCGCUCCUUUCAUCCGUACAAAACCUCAACGUUUGGUCCUCAAGGCCGCCGGAACCGAUUACUACAAGACCCUCAACCUCGACAGAAAUGCAAACCUGAAGGAUAUAAAGACCUCUUAUCGAAAGCUCGCUCGGCAGUACCAUCCUGAUAUGAACAAGGGCUCUGGAGCUGAAGACAAGUUCAAAGAGAUUAGUGCUGCAUAUGAGGUCCUUUCAGAUGAGGAGAAAAGAGCUACAUAUGACCGCUUUGGUGAGGCAGGCUUACAGGGAGAAUAUGGUUCCUCGAACAUGGGUUCAGCCGGGGUCGAUCCUUUUGACGUUUUUGAUGCAUUCUUUGGAGGAAGAGGUGGAUCAGGAGGCAUGAACUUCAAUGUUAACAUCAAUACACCAAACACAGGAAAUCAGAGCCUUGACAUUUGGUAUGAACUGCACCUUAGCUUUGAAGAAUCCAUUUUCGGAGGACAGAGGGAGUUUGAACUUUCUUGUAUUGAGACAUGUGAUACUUGUAGUGGAACUGGUGCUAAAUCUGAUGAUUGCAUCAAAUCAUGUACUGCUUGCGGAGGAAGAGGAGGGGUGACAAAAACUCAGAGAACACCAUUUGGCAUGAUAUCGAUGGUAUCUACCUGCUCAAAGUGUGACGGUCAAGGUACAAUAAUAACUGAUUCUUGCAAAAAAUGCAUUGGCAAGGGACAAGUAAAGUCAAAAAGAGCAAUGGUUGUAACCAUUCCAGCUGGUGUUAGUGAUGGAGACACAAUGAAAGUUCAAGGCGAGGGGAAUGUUGAUAAGAGAAGGGGUGUAGUUGGUGAUGUCUACAUAAUGCUUCGUAUAAACGAAAAGGCUGGAAUUCGGAGGGAUGGUCUCAAUCUAUAUUCAACUAUAAAUAUUGAUUAUACCGAGGCAAUUUUAGGGACUGUGAUAAAGGUAGAAACUGUGGAAGGCAUGAAAGAGCUUAAAAUUCCAUCUGGAAUUCAGCCUGGGGAAACAGUAAAGUUGUCCCGUAUGGGGGUUCCCAACAUGCGCAAGCCUUCUGUUAGAGGAGAUCAUCACUUUGUUGUGAAUGUACUUAUCCCAAAGAGAAUCAGUGGCACAGAACGCACCCUUGUUGAAGAAUUGGCUUCACUUAAGACCUCUAAGAAGGGCCACUCAGGUGCUUCAAAAGGCAUUGGGACACAAGAUGGGAACUCUGACAUGCAUAGUAGCAGAAACCAUGAAACCAGUACUUUGAGCCAGGGCAAAAGACGUGUUUCAUCCUUGUGGAACUCAAUAAAAGGCGUAUUGGGGGGGAGGCAGUCGCAUGACAGAUUUGCAUCGGUUAGCGUGGACAGACCAGCACUUCUGAGGGGUUCAAGCCAGCCUUAUUCCUUUUAUAUGGCUUCGAUUUUUGGAGUCAUUGUUGUAACUUGUAUCUGUACCUUCAUAGGAAAGACCAAAAGCAUCACAUUAUCACAACACAAGGACAAACAUAGAACAAACAACAAUGUUGAUAGAAAUACUUGA